ACAUUGAGGCUUCAGGAAUGUCUACUAUUUCAAUGAAUCCACCUUGUAUCCUGUUGACUAACGAUGAUGGUGUCACUAGUCCUGGCAUACUAUUGUUGGCGAAAAGAUUUACAUCUUGGGGCUGCAAAGUAAUUGUGGUAGCACCAGACACGGACCAAAGUGCUUGUAGUCAUCGCUUAACUAUGUCGAGUGAUUUACGCAUGAAACAACUGCGAAACUUUGGUGAAAACAUUUUUAGUGUCAGUGGAUCUCCAGCAGACUGUGUUUCUGUGGCUUUAGAUCCCAACGGUUUACUUUAUUAUAAAAAUUUAGUGCCAACGAUGGCUAUAAGCGGUAUCAACUUGGGUCCUAAUACUAGCCAUGACGUGUUGCAUAGUGGAACUUUUGCUGGAGCAAGACAUGCUGCAUUUUAUGGUGUCCCUUCAGUAGCAACCAGUUUAGCCUCCAACGAUAUGAGGGAAGAGAAUAUUUUGACUGCUGUAGAAGCAACGUUUCAGCUUUGUUCCAAGUUGUUGACAUUUUUGCCUCAACGUCCCAAAAAUUUUCAAAGACCACUUUCUACAUUUUAUCGGCGAAGGGUUGAAGAAAGUCUUACUGAAGAUCAGUAUUUUGAUUUGCUUUUGCAGUGUUUUCAAACAGGAGACUUGUUAUUGAAUUUGAAUGUUCCUUCCAAAUGGAAUGGAAAGUUUCUUUCCACUAGUUUAGGAGGUGUAUUUUAUCGAGAUGUGUUACAAAGGGUUUCAGAAAAGGAAGAGAAUUCGAGGUCAACAGAAGAUGAGAUAUUUCGUCUAGUUGUUCACGGAGGAAUUGACUUUGUACCAGAUGAACGAUUGACCGACAUUGAAGUUUUACGAAAGAAGUUUGCCAGUAUAACCUGCUUAUCUACUUGGCCAGAGACACAUCCAUUUGAGAUACCUUGUUCCGUUUUAAAGUAUGCUUUACAAUCGUCCAAGAAUGGCUUUCCAACUUGGAUUGAAAAAGCAUUAGAGCUCCAAAGUCAAUUAUAGCGUUUGUCUUUAUACAAAUAUUCUAAAAAUGGAAAUCAUCUUUGAAAUCCAAUCAUUCUUUGAUUGUGUAAUGUUUUAACAUUC